AUGGAAGCUCUGAGAGCUUCCUCUUUCACGUCAUUCACCUACCCACUAACAUCAAGAACCAUAUUUGAAAAACCCAUUUUUCAGAUUCCUUUAACUCAGAAAUUAACUUCACCUGUUCCCACAAAUCUCAGCAAGAAAGCGAAGUUCAAGAAUUUUACAGCCAUUUCUCCAACUGUCCUAUCUACUGAGGAAUCUGAAAAUUCAUCAUCGCCUGAUCAAGAAACUGAAGCAGAAAAUCGAGAAGAGAAAUUUGAUUGGUUUGCACAAUGGUACCCAGUGAUGCCAAUUUGUGAUCUUGACAAGAGAAGACCUCACGGGAAGAGAGUAUUGGGAAUUGACAUAGUGAUUUGGUGGGAUAGGAAUGAGAAUGAAUGGAAAGUGUUUGACGAUAGUUGUCCUCACAGAUUGGCUCCUCUGUCCGAAGGAAGAAUUGAUCAAUGGGGUAGGCUGCAGUGUGUGUACCAUGGCUGGUGUUUUGGUGGUUCUGGUGAUUGCAAGUUCAUCCCCCAAGCACCCCGGGAUGGCCCUACGGUUCACACUUCUAAGAAAGCAUGUGUAGCUGUAUAUCCAAGUUGUGUACAAAAUAAUAUUCUUUGGUUUUGGGCGAAUUCUGAUCCGUUAUAUGAAGAUAUUCAUUUGAAGAAAAAGCCUCCCUACAUCCCAGAACUUGACGACCCAUCAUUCACCAAUAUGAUGAUAUCCAGAGAUAUACCCUAUGGGUAUGAACUUCUGAUUGAAAAUCUCAUGGACCCUGCUCAUGUCUAUUACGCUCAUCGUGGAAUUAUGAGAGUUCCAGAAACUCCAAAGAGUCUGAAGGCUGAUAGAGAAGGAGGCAAACCGGUUGAAAUAAGUUUACAGAAACUAGACAUAAACGGUUUCACUGCAAAUGCAACUGGGAACAGCAAUUUUGUUGCACCUUGUCUCUACUACAGUUUUUACAGUCUAGGAGUGGAUCCAAGUAAGCAGUCCACAUCAUCGGUUGGAACCACAGAGGAGCCAUCAUCACCGGUUACACAGAAAAGAGCGCUUCUAAUUUUCUACUGUAUUCCAGUCAGUCCGGGUAAUAGCAGGUUGAUAUUUGCUUCUCCAAGAAACUUUGGGGUGUGGAUAGAUCGAGUUGUUCCACGUUGGCUCUUUCAUAUCGGACAAAACUUAAUUCUGGAUUCAGAUCUAUAUCUUCUUCACGUAGAGGAACGCAAGAUAACUGAUCUUGGCCCUCUCAAUUGGCAUAAAUCCGGCUUUGUGCCAACUAAGGCAGAUGCUCUUGUGGUUGCCUUCAGAAGGUGGUUAAACAAGUAUGCAGGCACUCAAGUUGACUUCGGAACAAAGUUUAGCAAACUACUCCCACCAACCCCUCCUAGAGAGCAGCUGUUUGAUAGGUAUUGGUCCCACACAGUGAAUUGUAGUAGCUGCAGUGUUGCGUACAGAGGUCUCAAUACACUUGAGAUUGUGCUGCAGGUCAUCUCCAUUGCUUCAAUUGGAAUAGUUGCUGCAGGGAAGCAGGGUAUUAUGUCCGCGGCUGCAAGGAACAGCCUGGUAUGCAUGGCUGUUCUGUGCUUUGUGGCUUCAAAAUGGUUGUCUCACUUUAUCUACAAAACUUUCCGAUAUCAUGAUUACGACCAUGCCUUCCGCUGA